GGCAGUGUGGGCGUGUCCCGCGGCCGCGCAUGCGCGCGGGGCGGCGCGGCCAUGGCGCACGGGCCCGGCCGGUGCCGCUGCUGCGGGGCGGAGGCGGCGGAGCGCGGCGCGGCCUGGGCGCUCUACCUGCGCAUCGACCGGCAGCGCCUGCAGUGCCUCAACGAGCGCCGCGAGGGCUCCGGAGCCACCGUGUUCCGCCCCUGGGAGGAGCGCGGGGACCGCUCGCAGUUCGUGGAGAGCGAUGAUGACGAGGAGCUGCUCUUCAACAUCCCGUUCACGGGCAGCGUGAAGCUGAAAGGAGUCAUUGUGAUGGGCGAGGAUGACGGGACACACCCGGCUGAGAUGAGGCUGUUCAGGAACAUUCCUCACAUGUCCUUCGAUGACACAGCCAAGGAACCCGAGCAGAGCUUCAGCCUGAGCCGGGAUCCCCUGGGGGAGCUGGAGUAUCCCACCAAGAUCGCCCGUUUCUCCAACGUUUACCACCUCUCCAUGCACUUCCCAAAGAACUUCGGAGCCGAGACGACCAAGAUUUUUUACAUAGGCCUGAAAGGGGAGUGGACGGAGGCUCACCGCCACGAGGUCACCAUCUGCAACUACGAAGCCUCGGCGAACCCGGCCGACCACAAGCUGGAACAGAUCACCCCGCAGACUCACUUCAUCUCCUGAGGGGAGCCUGCCCGGGGCAGGAACGGCUUCCCGGAGCACCGGAGCAGCUGCACGGCUGCGGGACGGACACGGCGGCGCGGUGCGGGGCGGCGGGGCCGCUCUGGACGCUCCACCGAGCCGCGUGCGGGGCCGCUACCGGCUGUGACCGACAAUAAAACACGCUGCGGUGCA